AAAAAUUUGGCAACACUGAUCCUUUGAAUAAUUAUGUCAGUAAGGUGUUUAUUUAUUGUUGAAUAUUAUUUAUCAAAGAUGUUUUUUCUGUAUGUUGACUAGUUACAGAAAGUAAAAUGCCCGUAGAGUGUUCUGCAGGCUGUGGGAAGAACGCUGUUCUGAAGAGGCCCAAAACUGGGGAUGCACUUUGCAAGGAUUGUUUCUUCUGGGCCUUCGAGAUUGAGGUCCACAACACCAUCACAAAUGGACGCCUCUUCAGACCUGGGAGCACGGUCGCCAUUGCCGCCUCAGGGGGCAAAGACUCCACGGUCCUGGCGUACAUCCUGAAACUGCUGAACGAGCGUCAUCAGUACGGAUUGAAGCUCGUACUGCUCUCAGUGGACGAAGGGAUCACAGGUUACCGUGACGACAGCCUGGAAACUGUUAAACAAAACUGCAUGGAAUAUGAAAUGCCACUCAAGAUCCUGUCAUACGAGGAGCUGUAUGGUUGGACCAUGGAUGCAAUUGUGAAGGAGGUCGGGCGCUCCAACAACUGCACGUUCUGCGGGGUGUUCCGGCGGCAGGCGCUGGAGCGAGGGGCGUCCCUGCUGAAGGUGGACUGCGUGGCGACCGGCCACAACGCCGACGACAUAGCAGAGACUGUCCUCAUGAACAUACUGCGCGGGGACAUCGCAAGGCUGCAGAGGUGCGUGGCGAUAGUCACGGAAAGUGAGGAUGCAAUACCACGAUGUAAGCCACUCAAGUAUGCCUAUGAGAAGGAAAUUGUGAUGUACGCUUACUUCAAACGGCUGACAUAUUUCUCUACGGAGUGUGUGUUUGCUCCCAAUGCCUACCGCGGCCAUGCCCGCGCAUUUCUCAAGGACCUGGAGAAAAUUAGGCCUACAUCUAUCAUAGACAUCAUUCAUUCAGGUGAGCAGUUAUCAGUGCACGAGAAUGUGCGCUUGCCUGUGAAGGGCAAGUGCUCGCGCUGCGGCUUCAUAUCAAGCCAGGCCGUGUGCAAGCCGUGCACCCUGCUGGAGGGGCUUAACAAGGGUCUGCCACGACUGGGCAUCAUCAAGACCAGCCGUGCCAUCAGGGCACGGCAGGAUGCCGAGAGGGCGCGGCCUGUCCCCACGCUCGACUUCUAGCCGGCUCUCGGAGCAACACAUCUUGUGAACGAGCUCACACUUACUUCCUUGUUACAAACGUUAGUCAUUUGGACAAACAAUGGAUGAAACUUUACUUUAAUAGUGAAUUAUCACCUUGUGUAUCAAACUACGAAGAGACACUACAAUGAUUGUGGUGCAUCAUAUUCUCUGCAGAACAUAAUUUGAGGGUCUGCUUAAAUUAUGAGAGGAUAUAUGAAAAUAAAAUAUGUCAUGGAUAUUUGGCUAUGGAUUAUUAGUGCAUGUGUUUGGGACACGUGUUGUAUUUACCCAAUUAAACAAUGCACAGUCAGUGUCUGUGAAAUUUUAGCUAUGAAAGUAUGAUACACAGCUUAUUCAAAAGUUGACACAGUAUUGUACCACAAGCUCCAAAGUGAACAAGCUGUUGCAAUUAGAUGACAAGACGGACAUUUUCACGUGGUUUGCGACUGUUUUUGUGAUUAUUAAAGAAGUUGACGAAAUGGAUAAUUGGGCUGCAGGAAGUGUGUAUGUUGUUGAGGAAAAUGAAAAUUACAUGUGACGAGAGGAAAAUAAUGUAAAUUAUUAUUUUUUGGUUAAAACUUAAAAGUGGCUUUGCAAUAAAAAAAACUGUGAUACAUGAGAACAUUUUACCCAAGUUUCUUCAGUAACUGUCCAAUUUAUUUAGUUCAUAAUCUUUUAAAUAUGUAAUAUGUAUCAUUGAUUUAGGUCACUCAUGGCCAAUAUGUAUUAAAUAGUGCUUCACUCUAUAGUUAGCUGACACUGCUGUGAUUGGUAGCCGUUUUACAUUGUUUUAUUUCUUGCAUAAUGUUUAACACGCAAUAUUUUAGUUUAUUCACAAAUAAAAUGUUUACUGCAUGAUAUAUGAA